AUGAUUGGAGUGGACAAGGCCAAAAUUGAUCUCAUUCGUUCUCUUCUACCACCACCAAGCGUAAAAGAAAUAAGAUCCUUCCUUGGUCAUGCAGGUUUCUUUCUGCGGUUUAUAAAAGAUUUCUCAAAGAUUGCUUCUCCACUAUGCAGUCUUCUUCAAAAGGAUGUGGCCUUUGAAUUUAAUGAUAAUUUUUUGCUCUCAUUCAAAAAAUUAAAGGAAUCCUUGACUUCAACGCCUAUUAUUAAGCCACCAAAUUGGGAGUUACCAUUUGAAAUAAUGUGUGACGCUAGUGAUUAUGCAGUAGGGGUAGCCCUUGGGCAGGGAGUUGCUAAGAAAGAAGCGCAGCCUAGGCUUAUUCGAUGGAUUCUACUCCUUCAAGAGUUUGAUCUUGAAAUAAAAGACAAGAGAGGGUCAGCAAAUUUUGUGGCAGAUCAUUUGAGUAGGCUUAUUCAGAAUGAAGAUAACUUUCCAUUAAAUGAAAAGUUUUCUGAUAGAUAA